GAACAAAUCGUCCCUUUCGCAUUUUCGAAUCAGACUUUACAAAGUGCUCUGAUGUCAUUGAUAUUCAACAAGCAAUUACAGGAGUAAUUGACACGAGCUUGUUAUUUUUUUUACUGGGGUAUAACUUUAUCGUGAUCCUGCCCGUUAUCGCUCUUUAUCUCGCCCGUUUGAUGUUUGUUUACUUGGUUUUGUUUACACCUCCUAUAGCAGGCGAGAUCAAUCCUCCCAGGCACCACCGCCAACCAACUCUCAAAUCCAACAGCUUCUUUCACCUGUCCCACUAAAUUAAGCACUGAGACUACCCACCUCAGACAUCUCCACAAAACCCACCAAAAAGUGAACAAAGAUACCCAGCCAGAAAUAAUGUCGACCGGCCAUCAUUACGAGUCCGUGUCGGGCAGGUACGCCAAGGAGCCAGCGGUGUCGGUGGUGUCGUCGGUGGAAAAGUCAUACCGGGGCCCCCUCUCUAGUUGACAAUCAAGGAUCGUGCAGCGCUUUCCUUUCUUGGGGACCAAGAAGGGGGCUGCCAUUCUCGCCGCCGGGGUCUUUUUGGUCAUCGGCGGCGGACUGGCGGGACUAGCGGCGUUGCCCAAGAUCUCGGGAAACUUGUCCAAGGGGAAGCUGCGGUCACCCGAUGCCAUUACGGAAGAUACCUACUUCUAUGGCCAGUCCCCGCCGGUGUAUCCAUCCCCGGAGAUGACCGGAGGGAGUGGCUGGGAAGAUGCGUAUAAAAAGGCCAAGGAAAUGGUUGGCAAAAUGACAAACGAUGAAAAACUUGUCCUGACCGCCGGCAAACCUGAACCUGUCCGCCGUUGUGAUGGCAACAUUGCGCCAAUCUCAAAUGUUGGGUUUCCUGGAAUGUGCCUAGCUGAUGCAGGCAAUGGUUUGCGCGGCACGGAUUUUGUUACUGCGUGGCCCAGUGGUGUCCACGUGGGUGCCAGUUUCAACCGAAAGCUUAGCGCAGAACGUGCCUAUGGCAUGGGCUCCGAGUUCCGGAAGAAGGGCGUCAACAUGCUUCUGGGUCCGGUCGUUGGCCCCAUUGGAAGGACUGUAAGGGGUGGACGCAACUGGGAAGGAUUUGCCGUCGACCCUUAUCUCUCUGGUAUUUUGGUUGAUCAGACGGUCCGUGGCAUACAGAAUGCUGGCGUGAUUGCAAGCACCAAGCACUACGUUGCCAACGAGCAGGAAACUAAUCGUCAACCAGACGGCGACGUACAAUCCGUGUCUUCAAACAUUGAUGACCGGACAAUGCACGAGCUGUAUCUAUGGCCCUUCAUGGAUGCCGUACGCGCCGGAACAGGUAGCAUCAUGUGCUCUUACAACAGACUGAACAAUUCCUACGGUUGUGCGAACAGCAAGGCCCUCAAUGGUCUCUUGAAGACUGAACUUGGCUUUCAGGGCCAUGUUGUGAGUGACUGGUGGGCACAGCACAGUGGAGUGUCAUCAGCCCUUGCUGGACUCGAUCUCGCCAUGCCGCAUGCCGACCCAUUCUGGGGUGCGGAACUACUCAAGGCAAUCAACAAUGGCACCGUCCCUCAGUCACGUCUUGACGAUAUGGCAAUUCGCGUUCUUGCACCCUGGUUCCAGCUUGGUCAUGACAAGGGCUUCCCGAAACCAGGAAUCGGAAUGCCUGCCGAUAUCAACCAGCCGCACCAAAUAGUCGAUGCCAGGAACUCGUCAGACAAGACUACCAUCUUCGACGGGGCUGUUGAGGGCCAUGUGCUCGUGAAAAACCUCCGCAACGCUCUCCCACUCAAGAAGCCCAAGAUGUUGACCAUAUAUGGCUACUCGGCCAAAAAGGCAGACAAGACUAACUUUGAGCCAGGACUGUUCCCACAGUGGGUUUGGGGUCCCGAAUCCAUGAACUACGAUGAUAUCAAGACCGGCAUGCUCAACGCGGCAGAUAUGCUGCCCGGCACUGCACGGGCGGAACAGACAAGGCCGAUUGCCAUCAAUGGCACCAUCUUCUCUGGCGGCGGAUCUGGAGCUGUGUCUACUUCGCUGGUCAGCGCACCCUUCGACGCCAUAUCGCAGCAGUGCUGGGAGGAUGACACAAUCAUGUUCUGGGAUUUUGCCUCGCCCAACCCUGCCGUGAACUCCAACUCGGAAGCUUGUCUCGUGGUUGGAAACGUUGCAUCCGCUGAAGGCUGGGACAGAGUUGGCCUACGGGAUGAUUAUACUGACGGGUUGAUCAGGCAUGUGGCCAACUCGUGCAACAACACAAUAGUAGUUCUACACAAUGCUGGUCCGCGCCUUGUUGAUCAAUUCAUUGACCAUCCCAAUGUUACCGCGUUAAUUUAUGCGCACCUCCCCGGACAAGCAUCCGGAGUUGCCCUGGCAUCAAUCCUAUACGGCAAAGUCAACCCAUCGGGCAAGAUGCCGUACACAGUGGCACGGAACGAGACGGAUUACGGCGGUGUCCAGGACCCGGAUCUGCCAAAAGGCAAAUACGAGCUGUUUCCCCAGGCCGACUUUACCGAAGGCUUGUUCCUGGACUACCGACACUUCGACAAGCAAAACAUCGAACCCCGCUACGAAUUUGGAUUUGGUCUGUCGUACACGACAUUUGGCUACUCCAACCUCAAGAUUGAAAAGUCGUCGGCCGUCAGCUUUGAUUCCUACCCUGAAGGUCCUUUGUUGUCUGGAGGGCCGGCCUCGCUCUGGGAGACGCUCGUGCGCGUCACGGCCGAGGUCGAAAACACAGGCGGCGUCGACGGUGCCGAGGUUGCCCAGCUGUACCUCUCCGUACCCGGCGCUGAGGAUGGGCACACGCCGCUGCGGGUGCUCAGGGGCUUUGAGAAGCCAUUCAUCAAGGCCAAGGAGAAGGCAACGGUUCAGUUUGAGCUUAGCAGGCGAGACGUGAGCAUCUGGGAUGUCGUUAGCCAAAAGUGGCUGCUGAGGAACGGCACCUACACCGUCAGUGUCGGUUCGAGCAGCCGGAUCCUGCCCAUCAAUGGAACUUUUACUGUGUAAUCAAGGAAUAUGGUGCGGUUUUUAUUUGAGAGGGCUGGAUGGCUGGACUGGGUUGGAGUUGUACACUUAUGGAAAACAGGCCGGCUGUUUUGGGCUUGUUUUAUUCUUCUUUUUUAUUGGGAGGAAGUCAUGGACGUGAGUUAUGAACAAAAAGGGGUCAACGUGAGGAAACCCGUGCAAUAAACAGCGUAAUGUUGCUUUUAUGACGUAGACAUUUUCUCACUCUACUAACUACCCUGCAGUUUCAGGCCUACAUCAUGCUAGUUCUAGUCAUUUUACGUUCACAGUACCGCGCUCUGGCGAGUAAGGAACUGAGCUUGUUUACAAAAAAGUCUUGAGUAUUAGGAACUUUGGAAACGUUCAGUGACUGCAUCAAGAUAGACUAUACACGCUAAAGCCAUUCAUUCCUCCCCGCCGCCGGCGCCGGAUAUCUACCAAAGCCGGGAUGCUGAAGC